AUGUUAGCCCGAGGCCCCCCUUCUACAGCUGCAGCAGUCCGUUCGUGGGUGCUGCAGCAGCAGCAGCAGCAGCAACGCGCACUGUAUCCCUGUUGCUCUGCGCACCGCGGCAACGCCAACAGCAGCAGCAGCAGCAACAGCAGCAGCAGCAGCAGCAGCAGCAGCGGUAGCAGCCGAGGAUUCAGUACAGACUCCCGCGUGAUAUACCUCAACAGCAACACGAGGAGACGCAGCGUUGUGCAUGCAUCAGCAGAUCUUGCUCCUCUCUUCAUCAUCCCGCGUCAGCGUCAGCAGCAGCCGUUGUUGCAGUUGCUGCCGAAAAACAGCAGCAGCAGCAGCAGCAGCGCAGCAGCAGAUUACAUGCCUUCUCCGCUGUCUAUACACCUGAAACAUUUGAUAGAAAGACGGCGAGCAGCGAAGCGCAGCAAACAUCAUCCUCAGCUGCUGCCAGCUCCUCCUCUCCCUGCUGCUGCACCCCCUCGUGGCGUUGCAUGCGGGUCUUCUCCCCUUGCCCAGCCAGCGGGUGUUGCUGCUGCUGCUCUGGGGCAGCAGCAGCUGCAGCAGCAGCAGCUGUAUCAGCUGCAAGACACGCAGCUGCUGCAGCUCCGUGGGGGGCCCCCAGUCGAAGGCCUGGGGGUUGCCGGUAGAGAUGUCGUUUCUCUUACUGGCGAUGCAGCAGCAGCAGACGCAGUAUCUCCAGCCUUUGCUGCUGCUGCUUCUCUUGAGGCCGUUGCUGCCACUGCUCUAGCCCGCUGGCGUGAAACAACAGCAGCAGCAGCAGAAGCAGCAGCAGCAGCAGCCGGCCCAGCUGCUGCUGCUGCAGCAGCAGCAGCAGCAGCAGCAGCAGAAAGAGACGACCUGCCCUUCUGGAAAAGCCUCUGUGACCGUAUUUUUGCAUCCAGGGAUUUGCUGCCGGUGUCAUCUCUUGCUGCAGUGCUGCGUCUGAUUUGCUGCAGAUACACCCAAGCAGCAGCAGCAGCAGCAGCAGCAGCAGCGCCUUUCUUUAUGCAGCACUUCGCGCUGCCACAGCAGCAGCAGCUGGAGAGUAGCAUGCAGCAGCAGCACAGGCUGCUGCUGCUGCUGCAGCAGCGGCUGCCUUCGCAGAGGCCUGUUUCUGCGUCUUUGCUGCUGCCGCUGACGCGGGAGUUUAUUGAUGAUAUGCAUUGCCUCUCAGCAGCAGCAGCAGCAGACGUGGCUGCUGUAUUUGCUGCCAGCAACUGCUGCAGCAUGGAGCUGCUGCAGCUGCUUGUUCGGCGCAGUAUAGACACAUGGCUGCUGCCGGAACAGCAGCUGGAGCAGCAGCGGCAGCAAGCGCAGCAGCAGCAGCAGCAGCGGCAGCAGCUGUUUGCCAUCAAGCCAGAAGCAGUAAGCUGCUUCUCCCCCCAUGAGUUUGCUGUUUUCUGCUCCGCCUUGCAGCACUUGCUGCAGCAGGCCCAGCCGCUGCUGCAACGGCGAGCACUGCAGCAGCAGCAGCAGCAGCAGUUGCUGCUGCAGCUGCUGCCACUGCCCGAGCUCCUCUGCAGCGCCGCUUCUUUCCUGCUGCGCUGCAGCCCAGAGAACCACCUGCAGCAGCAGGCUGCGCUCGGAAGCCUUGCAGCACUUGCUGCUGAUGCACUGCAACAGCAGCAGCAGCAGCAGCAGCAGCAGCGGCAGCACCAGCAGCAGCACGAAUUGCAGCAGAAAGAGCAGCUGCUACAGCUGCGUAAGGCCAGCGUCGAGUUGCUGAAGGCAGCGGACGCGUUCAUCCCGCGGGAGGAUGAAGCAGCAGCAGCAGCAGCAGCAGCAGCAGCAGCAACAGCAGCAGCAGCAGGGCUGGGUGCAUCAGUAGCUGCAUUUAGCGCCAAGGAGACGGCGCGGCUUAUGAGUCUCCUCUCUACACCUGCUGCUGCUGAACCUUCCCAGUUGCAGCAGCAGCGUGAAUUGCAGCAGCAGCAGCAGGGACAGCAGCAGCAGCAGGAGCAGCAGCACGAAGGGCAGCAGCAACAGGAACAGCAGCAGAACACUCACGAAGAUUUGAAAGGGGAAGGUGGGGGAGCCAAGGGAUCUCGGGUUACUGCUGUGCUGCAGCAGCAGCCAGGCGCUGCUGCACUGCUGUUUAUGCUGCAGCAGACGAGGGAGCAGCUGCUGCAGCUGCAGUCUUCGCUGCAGCAGUCACUGCAGCAGCAGGAGCAGCCCCCCCAGGAGCAGCAGAAGCAAAGUGCGCCCCCAGAUGAAUCGGCUGAGGCAACAGCUGCUGCACCUGCAGCAGCAGCAACAGCUAGUGCUGCUGCUGCUGCUGCUGCUGCUGCUGGGGUCACCUGCCGGCUGCAGUAUGUGCCUUUGAACCCUUGGGAGGUCCCUGCUGCAGAGACACUGCAGCUGAUGGCGUGUGUGGGUGCAGCAACAGCAGCAGCAUCCACCGUGUUGCUGCAGCAGUUGCUGCUGCAGCGGUCUAGUAGGGAGGCACAGCAUCCGCUGAAUCAACGGCAGCAGCAGUUGCUGCUGCAGCUGCUGCGGACGACAGAGGCCCCAGCAGCAGCUGCAGCAACACCGGCAGCACCGCUGCUGCAUGCUGCAGCUGAGAGGCUCAUGGGGACUGUGCUGGUGGAGGAGGUGGGGCGACGCUUCGCGGACUUGACAGCGCAGGAAAAGGAAAGACUCAGCCUGGCAGUCUGCGCCCUCGGCAUAAGGGACCCCUACCUACGCCACUACUGCCGUGCGUACGGCAGGCCGCUGCAGCAGCGUCGUUCUGUCUCUGCUGCAUAUAGAAACAAACUUGCAGCACAACGCGCAGCAGCAGAUGCUGCUGCUCCUGCUGCAGCAGCAGCUGCUGCAGCAACAGCGCAAGAGUGA